UGUUCAUUUUAGUCUACGUUGCUUCGGCAGUCAAGUCGUUGUUUAGUUGAAGUUAUAUAUUUUAAGCGUUUAGUUUUCAUUUUAGAUUCGGUACAACUUUGAAACAAUACAAAAUAGUUUAUGCAAGAAAAUUUAUACAAUCUUUUAUUAUUUUUGAAAUUCCUGUAAGCAGCAAAAAUUUUCAUUGAAGAACGAAUAAGGAUCACGUUAGAAAUGAAUGAUCCUGCAAUUGGCUCCUCCUCACCGCACUGGGCUUGUUUAAUCUCAGCUGGACGUAUACCAAGUACAUCUUGUGAGUCGGCCGAAGAAGGUAGUAACAUGGAAACUGGCUUGGAGUUGCCCACAGAAAGCUCUUUGAAUAGUUCAGGCUCGAAUGGAAAUGGCAGUGGACAACAGAUGUCCCCAUAUGCUGCGGUGUUCCAUCCCACGAGUUCACAUGCUGGACAAUUAUUGGCAGAAGAGCAGGCAGCUCAAUCGAACUCCACAGAGGCACAGACAAACUCAGAAGUACCGAAUAAUAGAGGGCACGGAUCCAAAUCCGCAGCAUGGUAUGGCCUUUCGAACGCGCAGCGGCAACUGAAUGCUGCCUUUGCAUGUGAAGAACGAGAUGAUGAAUCAAUGGAGGAAAACUGUAAUACAUUUGGAUUAUGCAUGAAGACGCCGGGCACAGGGGGCGAAGGCCGUGGUUACAACACCGGGCCAUCACAGUAUCAGGCGAGCCCACCAAACUGGCGAGACUAUGACAACUGGACACAAGGAUCUGUAUCGGCACCAGAAAACGGAGCAUCAAGAAUAGAAGUAUCUGUACCACCGCGUACUGGGAAUUUGGCCACAGCUGGGGCGGCACCUUCAUCAGCCGGCGAAUGGUCACCCUAUUCAUAUGCCACCGCCAAGCCAGUAUUGUCAUCAAAGAGCUUAUCGAUGCCUCAUCUAUACACAUUGCCGCACGGUCCCAGCCUCUCUGGUCUUAAUCAUAAUCUAAGUCCGAGUUUGAGUUCAAAUCCAUAUACUCGUCCCGAUUCCAAUUCAAAUUCGCGGCCAGAUUCGACGGAUUUUCCAUCGUUCGAUGAGUUUGCCAAACAAUUGGAUGAGUGCGGCGUCCCGCGCAAUGAGUUCUUGGCGACAUUGAGGAACCUCAUGAUACGGGCCAACGAAAUGAUGCUUCCUCUAUUGCGAGGGCCAUUCGUCCGGAUGACGCCAGUCCAAAUGGCCACCUAUACGACAGCCAUACUCCAGACACCGCCACUGCAUCCGAGUUUGUUUAUGCCGGCUGAUGCCCAUCAUUUCUUGUCCAACAAUGGCUUGGACUUGCCGCCUUGCCAUCCGCACAGUCUGACACCUCAGGAUUUGGCCAAGAUAAAUCCGCGUCCCAAGCUUGUGAGCGCAGCAACCCAAACAGAAUUUUAUCCUCCCAAAGGACCAUGGAUGGCACCUGGAGAUUCCGCUAGAGCUGCAGGCCAAUGCCCGCCACCGCAAUUCGGCUUUUGGGAAAAACCUUUUUCCUUUCUCGCAGUUCCUAUGCAUCCGCAUGGACACCCGCAUGGACAUCCGCAUGGACAUCCGCAUGGACACCCGCAUGGACACCCGCAUGGACACCCGCAUGGACAUCCACAACAGUUUAGGAAUCCGCAUCCUCAAGGGUAUUCUCAUCCACAUGGACAUCCCCAUCAUGGGCCACAUCAAAUGCCAUACCAGCUGCCACAACAGAUGCCGCCACAUCACAUGCAACAUCAACCGAUGCCGCAUUCGCGUCAUAUGCCACGUCCAAUGACUGGUCGUUUACCUGGAAGCCAAGUAGUUGCGGGGGGAGGAGCACACUAUGGCUUUCGAGUUGGCCACUAUAGUCCGAUGCCAUAUCGAUAUAGCCAAUUCGCACGCGGACGACAAUCGAAGUAUAGCCAAGCCUCCGAGAACUUCAGCAGCAGCGGCAGCAACAGCAACCAUCCCUAUGGAAUUCACAAUGAAGCUGCACCAGGUGCAAAUGGAGAAGGUGCGACAUCUCAUGCUACCAAUAGCGAGGACACUGAUAUGAGUGUCGGUUUCACAGCGGAUCAGUCCCGUGGUGGUGAUGGUGGUGCUUCUGUUAAUAGUGGUGGCGCUCACAGCUCAUCGAGCAAUAUCAGCAGUUCCAGUUCGGCCAGUUGCUUCCCCAAUCACAAUAUGUCCAUGCCACGCCAUCAUCGUCGUCGUCGCAGCACCACAACCGAGUGCAGCAGUGAGGAUAUGGACGACACUCACGAGGCGGAAGCGAACGAAGAGCAGGAGCCGGAUAGACGCUAUAGACCUCGCCACGUCCCUUUCGAGGCCGGUAAUCCGGAGAUGUUUGAUCAUGUGGUGGCCUAUAUAGUGCCAAAUGCGAAUCCUUACUUCCAGAUGCAACAUUAUCCAUUGGAUCCCGGCUAUGUCCAGAUGCAGCAGCAGCAGAAGCAGAACCUAAUGAGUAUGGAGGCUCCACAUCCAUCAUUCGAACGCAUGGUGAAUCCUUCCAUCCCAUUGCCGGGUGGUCAGAUGAUGCCAGAAUUUGGUCAAUCACAGGAACUAGCUGCCUUGUCUUCAUAUCCAAAACUGGCCCAUCCCUCGUCGCCUCAUCAUCGACAGGCCCCAACGAAUGCAGAAGCCGUCAAUAUAUUCACGCGUCCCACCGGCCCCAUGAUGCCAAUUUUGCACGAUCGGGCACCAUUGCCGCCCAUUGUCUUCAAUGUGAACUCUAACUUGGCAUCGCCAGCCAUGAAGGGAUCUCAGGCAGCGUCGGCUCCGCCUCAACAUCGCAUGAUGAAUGACGUGGGGGGCAUGCCCCAAAUGAUGUCUAUGUCCAAUCCAAAAAUAGUGCCCCAGGGACCACAAACUGGCUGCACGCUAAGAGUCAAUGCCAAUGGAAAUGACAGGGGCUAUUCGAAUAUAUAUAUUCCUAAAAGCCAUCCCUUGCUUAACGGUAGGGCACCGCCAACUGCAUCAGAGGAUCCUAUUCAAGCUGAAGUCCUCGAGGAAUCGGGUAGUUCUGCCUCGGUAAACCCUCCACCGACGUACGCCUCAUUGCUCCGCUAGAUGGCAAGCUGCUUGCGAUUGCAGAGUUUCGAACGACAAUGGAACCACUCGGAAAAAGCAAGUACCAACAAAAUUCUGAUGCAAAAUACGGACUGUAUCCAUUCUAGAGACAAAAUUCAACUGAUUUGACAAUUGGAACCAAUGAUUCGUCCAAAUUGUAUUCUAAAAGCAAACACACCUUCAUCAAUUCUUAACGUGGACAAAAAUACCGGACACACUAUCUAGGACCUAAGAUCUUGGACUCGAACGUAUCGGAAAUGUACUAAAUUACUUCAAUCACCUGCACACUGAUUUGAAAUGGCAUCUUCUACUCUGAAUUAAACAUGGCUUCCGUGAAGCUAUCACAAAAACAA